CUCCUCCGAAAGCGAAGUCCAGCGCCCCCCGCUCCCCCGUUCGCGCAAAGACGCCAAACCCACCCACCGAAAUCUCUCCCCGAACUUACCCCUCGCCGGCGCCGGCGAUGUGCCCGACGAAGCCCGGUCGCCCUGCCCAGGCGGCCGCCGGCUCCGGCGAGAAGAGCUGGCGGGAGCAGGCCGUGGCCGCCAGCUCGCUGCGGCCGGUCGACCUGGACCGGGGCACCAACGGCUGGGCCUCGCCGCCGGGGGACCUCUUCCACCUGCGCGCGCGCGGCUACUUCUCCUGCGGCGGCGGGAAGCGCGGCAAGGCGCCGUCCGCCGCGGAGUGGCUGCUCCGCCCCGCCGGCGUCGACUGGCUCCGCUCUCACGCGCGCCUCGACCACGUGCUCGCCCGCCAUGACAACCGCGUCGCCGCCGCAUUCCGCCGCGCGCGCCUCAGGAACGACCCCACCGCGCACUUCCUCCUCGCCGUCAAUCUCCAGGUGCCGGGCCGGCCGGACGCGUACAGCGCGGUGUUCUACUUCGCGGCGGAGGCACCCAUCGCGCCGGACUCGCUGCUCGGGCGCUUCGUCCAGGGCGACGACGCGUACCGCAACGCGCGCUUCAAGAUCGCCAACCGCAUCGUCAACGGCCCCUGGCUCUUGCGCGCCACCGUCGGCAACUACGCGGCCUGCCUGCUCGGGCGCGCGCUCACGUGCCGCUACCACAGGGGCGUCGACUACCUGGAGAUCGACGUGGACAUCGGCAGCUCGGCGAUCGCCAGCGCCAUCCUGCACCUCGCGCUCGGCGCCGUCACGUCGGUCACCAUCGACAUGGGGUUCCUCGUCGAGUCCCAGUCCGAGGAGGAGCUGCCCGAGAGGCUGUUCGGCGCCGUGCGCAUCGCGCGGAUGGAGAUGGGCGCGGCCAGGUACGUGGAGCUGCCUCCUAAUGAGGCCAUGCCUGAGACGGUCUGCAGCGGCAGGGCCGGGGCCGGUUUCAGGGUAAGCUCCGGGAAGGUGGUCAACCAUAGCCGCCAACAAGACCGUGCCGGCGGUAAGGUGGGCAGGUCGAUGAGUUGCCCGGAGCGAGAGCGCGGAGGGAAAUAGGCCUCCUUUUUUCCAGAGAAAUAGGUGCAAAGUACGCGGGUGCAGUGCAGAAAGAAACCAUCCACCGGUGGGAGCGAGAGCGGUGGCGAGAAAAGGCCGGGUAACCCGACACAUAAGGCGCUCAAGCUGGUGCCAUUACCACGAAUGGCACACCUCGUUCACGAAGUACUCGUCGACCCCGGCUUGGCUUGAGCAGCUCAGCUGCAGCCAUCCACAUACAUGAGGGCAUGUAUAGCUCUAAGACGGUGGUUCGGUUUUCUAAAUAUAAAAGACAGUUAAGAAACUGAUAUAACUACGAGACUUUACACUAUAAAUAUAAUUAAGAAAUAAUAUUAAUUCUAAGACUCUAGACCAUAAAUAUAGUUAGAAACCAAUAUAUAUGGAGAUGGAAUAUGUAUGGAGAUGGGCUGCUCAGGAAGGGCUCGUGCUCGUGUCUUGUAUUUUUUUUUCAGUUAUCCCAGAGCCCGUCAUUUAAAGAGCCCGUCAUUUAAUAAGGUUGCCCUGACA